GUUGUUUAUUUGGAAAGUUGUAAGCAAAACAAACGGUGAAAAACAAUCAUCAUGGCUGAUGUUGCAGUUGGAGUUCAUCCGGUCCAUGCGCUUGGGAAGGCUCCCAAGAAGGCCAAGGCCGCCUCCAAGGGCGAGAAGAAGACGAAGGCACUAGCAACGCAUCCUCCGGUCAACGAGAUGGUAGUGGCUGCUCUGAAGACGCUGAAGGAACGGCACGGAACGUCACUGCAGGCCGUCAAGAAGUACAUCGGGGCCAACUAUCAGUGCGACGUUGCCAAGCUGUCCACGUUCAUCAAGAAGUCUCUGAAGAGUGGCGUUGCGAAUGGUAAGCUGGUGCAGACGAAGGGAACCGGAGCUUCCGGAUCAUUCAAGCUGAAGGUUAACCCCAAGUUGGUGUCGGUUGAGAAGGCCAAGGCCAAGAAGAAGGCCAUUGCUGGUGGAGCGAAGAAGGUGACCAAGAAGCUUGUCAAGAAGCCAGCCGGAGCGAACAAGCCGAAGAAGGCGGGUGCCAAGAAGGCCAAACCCACAGCCGUUAGGGCUGUCAAGCGGGCUGGAGGUGUCCGGAAGGCCCCUGGUGCCACCGCUCUGAAGCAAAAGUCCACCAAGCAUUCGAAGAGCGUUGCCAAGAAGCCAAGGACCCCGAAACCGAAGAAGGCCACCGGCAUCAAGAAGGCAACCGUCACGAAGAAGUAAGAAGUGGAUCUGCUUGAGGAGGAAGCCGGGGAAGGAAGGAGCAGGGAAGGGAUUUGUCGUUGAGAAUCAAUCAGUCCUUUUCAGGACUACCAAACGAGUUGAACGAAAGAGUUGUUUGAAUUUUCUUUCAUUGAUAAUUGGCGAAAUAUUUUACUUUUUAGUAGACAAAUAUUUUUUCCUGGAUUUACAGGUCAUUCGCAUAACAUUUAUUUUAGGAACGAAACGAUGGACGAGCAACGAAAAAAUGCUAUAUCAAACCAUUAUGGUAGAUACCACUGUAAACAAAGUGUGGGUGUAGAAGGUAAAUUUUUGAUUGAAUUUAUGGCUGGUUUUCUUUAUUUAGCGUGACUCCUUGAGGAGUCCCAA